AGGAAAAAAGGGAAGGAAACGUGAAAAAAAUGAUGAAUGAUGCGCUGCCCAAAUGAAUUGAAACGGGCUUCUUUACUGAGGAAUUUGGUAAGACCCAAAAAAGCGACAUGCGCAGCACGUAAACUACUACACACCCCUUUUGAUCACCCACCACAGUCACGCGAGGCAUUUAAGAGAUUAAUCAACUCUUCAGAAAUCCAUGGCUCCGUCAAGCACAUGAGAAAAAAAAAAAAAAAAAAUUACAGACCAAGCAUUCUGGAUUUCCCUCGCCUCCAACACCAUACAUCAUUCACCAACUCACGGUUUUUCACUUACAAGGAGGAAACGAUAAAAGGCAUUCAAAAAUAUAGAAAGCUAAAUCAAAAUCUAAGCAAUGGGUGAGAGUAAGAAACGAAAGAAACGAGGAGGCAAAAAGGGUAAGGAGGAACAACAGGCUAUUCCUUCCCCUUCUGCGAAGCGCACAAAGUUGAAGGAACCCUCCACCUUUCUGGAAAAGAUGCGAGCGAGGUUGUCUGGUGGGCAUUUCAGGAUGAUUAACGAGAAGCUCUACACUUGCACUGGGAAGGAGGCUCUAGAUUAUUUCAAGGAAGAACCAUCGUUAUUUGACAUGUAUCAUGCAGGAUACAAAUCGCAGAUGUCAAAUUGGCCUGAACAGCCGGUUAAUGUAAUUAUCAAGUGGCUGAAAAAACAGAGCCCUUCUUUUGUUAUUGCUGAUUUUGGUUGUGGGGAAGCACUCAUUGCUAAAACUUUGAAGAAUAAGGUUUUCUCUCUGGAUCUUGUCUCCAAUGAUCCAAAUGUAAUUGCUUGUGACAUGGCAAAUACUCCCCUUGUCUCCUCAUCUGUUAAUGUUGCUGUGUUCUGUCUUUCAUUGAUGGGAACCAACUACCAAAGUUACAUUGAAGAAUCAAAUAGGGUGCUAAAGCCAGGUGGCUGGCUUUUGAUAGCAGAAGUUAAGAGUAGGUUUGAUCCAAAUACUGGAGGAGCAGACCCUGAAAAGUUUUCAAAUGCUAUUUCUGAGCUAGGUUUCAAAUCUGUAAAGAAGGACUUCUCAAAUAAAAUGUUUAUUUUGUUUUACUUUACUAAAAAGGAUAAGCAAAUUUCUAAGAGGAAGGAGAUUGAAUGGCCAACCCUUAAACCUUGUUUAUACAAGCGUAGAUGAUGUUAUAACAUUUCUGUUUUUUUUUUUUCUUUUGUCUGAUGUACUCAAAUGUUAUCUGUAUCAGUUAAAUCGUUCAUAUUUUUUAAUGUUAGCAUACUGUACCAUUUUUUAUAAUUUUAAACGUAAUAAACAAUUAUUAUUACAAUUUUCCAA